AUGGAAGAAGAUCCAGACAGCCCCACGGAUGUCUCUGACCGACGUCAAAUUGUCGAGCCGACACCAUCACGGAUACCGAGACUUCAACUACCGAAUGGCUUGCAAAACAAAGAUGGCAGCCCCGGGCUGGCCAUCUCCCGACCGACACAAAUUCCACAAUGGCCGCUGCCAGGACCGAUUCCGUCACCCGUGAACAAUCCCGAUGCGGAACCCUAUCGACCUCCUCCGGGCCGUGGACCACCGCCGCAACGACCUCCGCGCCCAAGUAGAGUACCCUCAAUAUUGGAUAGUUCCCGGGUCCAGGAUCACACUCCCGUUUUUCAAUAUACCCCACAAAGCGGGCGAGAAUCAACGCUGAGCCAAGAUGUCUCAUCCGCACCGCUUACCCCGUCAUCAAGACACACGCAAUCAUCACUUUCUUCAGUCGGAUCGAUUCCAGACUUCCCUUUGCCGUCGACUCUGCCACCCGUCGCCGUGCCACAACCUGUAGUACCACCAAGGCGAAGCGUAACUCUCGGUCCUCCGCCGUCCUCCCGUAGAGGCGACUCAUCGUUUUAUUCGAAUGCUUCGUUCGUCUCGCCGAUUCCUGAAGAGAGUCCUCGGUCGAGGUCUCACACCUCUUUCGCUUCAAGCGCUGCUAUGCCUGAGAGCUGGGGCAGUCAAUCACCAGGUUUCAGCCCAGGGUAUCCAGACGACUUUUACGAGGACGACGCGUAUUCAACCGAGGACGAAAAUAGUCAAAUGAGCCGUGGUACAGGAUCGCCGUAUGGUGAUGCAGGAGACGAGAGCAAACUUGUUCGGAGUGCUAGCUUGGGCAAGAUGUCGAAGCCUUCAAUCGUGAUGAACCGAGCCCCGAGUAACGGAGACCCGAUGCCGCAGGAUGUACUAAAUGAACAAGAGUCGCCGCGGCGGUCGCCAGCCCCUCCUUUCCAGCUUCCUGUCAGUCCCUUUGACGCUGGUACGGCUUAUUAUGAGGCUUCCAGCUCCUCGGGAACUGCUCCUACCACAGCAGCCACCGCCACGACCCCAUCGAUCUCGGCCAACGCUAUGCUAGGCGCUUUUGCCGCUGCCAGUGCGACGGAUCCAGCAGAAUUGAGAAAGGUUACGCCGUCGCCCCGACCGUACAACCGCCUUUCGGCCAUUCGACGACCACCCAAACUCGGACUCGACAUGGAUUCAGUCAGGCAAAUGGAAUCCAGGGGUAGCAUGACGAGUUUACCGGAUCUUAUCAAACGAGCAACCCGUCUGGCUGCUUUGAUCGAUCGGGGACGAAGACCUGCCAGUCGAUUCGAGAUGCAUGACGGCACGUGGCCAGACGAGAAGGCAUUUGGGCGAGACGGGGAGCAGCAGAUGUCAGGCGUUUCUUCUGGUGACAAGCACCAGUCUGGCCUGUCUGACAUGCUCGCCGCAUUCCCACCACCUGCGGCUACGACACCAAACCCUCCCAACCGUGGAAGCUGGUUCAGACGAGCCUCUCAAGCCUCGUGGCCACUGGCACCGGGCAGUAGGGGCAGUACGCCUCAGCCUGUGACUAGAGCGAUGGCGGCAAGAGGAUCUCCGCUGGCGAGACUCGAAUCCAACGACGGCGAGUCGUCAACUAAGCGUCGUAGAAAGUGUUGCGGUCUGCCAUUGUGGGCCUUCGUUCUCAUCGUCUUCCUCAUUUUGGGAAUCAUUGCCGCCGCCAUCAUCGUCCCCCUCGAAUUCUUCGUAUUCCGCAAAAAUAGAUCUGCUACUCCUCCAGCGGCGGAGCCGGCUCUGACCCAGUGCCAGAACCAGCUCAAGUGCGAGAACGGCGGAACCAACGUCGUAUCACAAAAUGUUUGUUCCUGCAUCUGUAUAAACGGGUUCACUGGACAGACCUGCACCGUGGCCGGAGCCACAGGCUGCACCACCACCAACCUCUCGGGGAACUCUACCUCGACUAAUUUUAGUAAUGUCACUCUCGGCCAAGCGGUUCCACGGCUAUUGCAACAAUCACAGACGAACUUCACAGUUCCUCUGGACGGUACCGAUAUUCUCGCGAAGUUCAACACGGAAAGCCUAUCAUGCAUUGCGCAGAACUCUCUCGUGACAUUUGACGGACGUUCCACUCGCACUGGAACCGUCAUUUCGGACACGGAUCUCAAUGCCAAGGGCGCAAUUCCUGUUCAGGUCAUCACUAUCCUCCCAGGGCAAGCGGCAACUAUCACGAUUGACGUCAACGCACCGGGAGGGCCCUUCCGUGUUACAACCAUCCAUGCCUCUAGCUCCACCAUGUGGGCUACUAUUCCAAUGGUGCCCUCACCAACACCAACACCCGAGACGACUUCCUCUGCAGCCCCGCCGACAACUACUGUCCCGCCUACGACGAUACCAACGACAACCACAUCUGAGACCCCUCUGGUUCCAUCGGUACCAGUGUCUUCUGCGCCAGCGCCUAGUCCGACUUUCACAGUUACUGAGGAGACUUUGGACUUUGCUCGCGUCUCGAUUCUCCUCAUCCUCGAGAGGCAAACCUUGAUGGCGGCGACAACGGCACAGACGGUUUUGCAGCGUUUCUUCACGACUGCGGACCAGGGCACUCGGCAGCAAAGCGGCGGGGUCACGCCUGCCCAGGCACUGAACGUGACACUUGGCGGAGGCAACUCAGUGGACCUGGUCAAUUUCCUCAUCACCAUUCCGGGAGGCAUCCAGGUUGGCCGCAAGAGCAGCUGA